UCGUUGCAAAUCAUUCACUACUACGUGUUGAUUGGUUUGCCUUCCUUUGUACCACCCUUUUCGGUUCUUGGCCUUUGACGCUCCCUUCGUCUUCUCCACCGUAAGCCCAUUUUUGCCUUUCCAGCCAUCCGUGAUCACACGGGCGGCACCGUCUUCAGGCUGCUCGCAGAAAUGAUAACGGGUGCGCGCUGGGCUAAACUUAGGCGCGCACCAAGCCCUGCAGCAUUCAUAUUCUUCACCCUUGUUGUCAUGCUGUCAUGGACCGUCGUGCCAUCCUUUGGUGCGUCAGACAAGGAGAUACUCAUGAAGUUUAAGAAGUCUGUAACGCAUGCAAACGCUCUCAGCAACUGGGAUCCUAAAGUAAGCCCGUGUGAAGGAAACAGGGGAAAUUGGGUUGGUGUAAUUUGUGUAAAAGGGAGUGUUCGGGGUUUGAUGAUCGAAAAUAGUGGAUUGACGGGUACGAUAGACGUGGAUUCUCUUGUUUCCUUGCGUCACUUGACGACCUUAAGCUUCAUGAACAAUACGUUUGCAGGCCCAUGGCCUGAUAUUAAGAAACUAAGUGCAUUGAGAUCGGUGUAUUUAUCGUAUAAUCAUUUCUCUGGAGAGAUUCCGGAUGAUGCCUUUGCCGGUAUGAGUUUCUUGCAGAAAGUGUUUUUGGCAAAUAAUGAGUUUACGGGUAAAAUACCUUCAUCCCUUGCUGCCUUACCUAGGCUUUUCAUGUUGGGACUUGCUGGAAACAAAUUUGAAGGCCAAAUACCCAAUUUUCAGCAGAAGAAUUUCAAGGAGUUUAAUGUCUCUAACAAUAAUUUGGAGGGUCCGAUCCCUGCCAGCUUGAGCAAGAUCGAGUCCGACAGUUUUUCAGGCAAUGAAUAUCUAUGCGACCCACCUCUGGAAUCAUGCGACUACUAUCGUAAGAGACUACCAGUUCUAAAAAUCGCCCUUAUUGGGAUAAUUGUAGUACUUCUCAUAGCAGUAAUUGCUGCACUUUUCUUCAUAUUAAACUUGAAAAAGAAAUCAUCACCAGCAGAUGGAUCAUUAACGUUGAAAGACAAAAACAAGAUUAAUGUUGCUACCCAUACAGACAUAGUAGCGGAACAGAAAUUGCCAGAGAAGAGUGGGAAUACGAGUAAAGCCGAAUAUGGGAAGUUGUCAUUCUUGAGAGAGGACAGAGAGAAGUUUGGUUUGGAAGACUUGCUAAGAUCCUCAGCUGAAGUUUUGGGAAGUGCGACAUUUGGAUCUUCGUACAGGGCCAUGAUAAUGGGUGAGAAAUCCAUGGUGGUAAAGAGGUACAAGCAUAUGAACAAUGUGGGAAGGGGGGAGUUAGAUGAGCAUAUGAGAAGGCUGGGAAGAUUAAGUCAUGCCAACUUGCUGCCUCUUGUGGCAUAUUAUUAUAGGAAAGAUGAGAAGCUGUUGAUUUGUGACUUUGUUGAGAAUGGAAGCUUAGCUAGUGCCCUUCAUGGCAAUCAUAAUGAAGAACAGCCUGCACUAGAUUGGCCAACCCGUUUGAGAAUUAUCAAAGGCGUAGCUAGUGGCUUGGCUUACCUUUAUGAUGCAAUCCAUAGCCUAAUUGUACCCAAUGGACAUCUGAAAUCUUCCAAUGUGCUUCUAGACGGAUCCUACAAUCCUUUAUUGACUGAUUAUGCUCUAACCCCUGUGAUCAACCAAGAUAUUGCCCAAAAGACCAUGAUUGCUUACAAGUCGCCUGAGUUCGCGCAACAUGGCCGGAUAACAAAGAAGACCGAUGUAUGGAGCUUCGGAAUACUGAUCUUGGAGAUUUUAACAGGAAGGUUUCCCGAGAACUAUCUCACACAAGCACAUGAUCCUAAUGCGGAUUUGGCUUCUUGGGUCAACACAAUGAUUAAGGAAAAGCGGACGAGUGAAGUGUUUGAUUCAGACAUGGGGGGAGCAAGGGAUAGUAAAAGUGAACUUCUAAAGCUUUUGAAGAUUGGAUUGAGUUGUUGUGAGGAGGAUGUGGAGAGAAGAUUGUGUAUGAAAGAAGCUGUUGAGAGGAUUGAAGAGUUAAAGGAGGGAGAAAGCGUGGGAGAAUAUACUUUAAAUGUUAGCAACGAUAGGGAUGUAUAUUCCUUCGGUGUGUAAAACUAAAACAUGAUUAAUGAUUUCUCCAUAUACCUUAGGUUUAAUUUGGUA